AUGCGUCUUCAACCACCGUCGGGGUCCGGUACGCCGGUCCCAGGAAAUGAAAAUACACCAAAGGAAAACACUGCCACUCCGCCAGAGCGUCUGGCCAUUAUCGGUAUGGCAUGCCGGCUGCCAGGCGACGUAUCGACACCAGAAGAUCUUUGGAAUCUAUGCGCAAGAGGUAAAAGUACUUGGUCCGAGGUACCAAAAAGUCGAUUCAACGCCGAAGCAUUCUACCACCCGAAUCCAGACCGACCAGGCGCGUUCAAUCCGAAAGGAGCGCAUUUCCUGAACGAAGACGUGGGCUUAUUCGAUGCACCGUUCUUCAAUAUCACGCUGCAGGAGGCGCGCUCGCUCGACCCCCAGCAACGUAUCAUGCUCGAGUGUGUAUACGAAGCGCUUGAGAAUGCCGGGAUUCCGACUCAAUCGAUUGCCGGUAGUAACGUGGGUGUCUUCGCAGGGAGCUCGUAUCCUGAUUACGAUUUAAACAACAAUAUCGAUGCUGAGUCUAUUCCGAUGUAUGCGGCGACUGGAAUGGCGACUGCGUUGCAAUCGAACCGCAUCUCAUACUAUUUUGACCUUCACGGCCCUAGUGUGACCAUCGACACGGCUUGCUCUUCCAGCUUGGCUGCUUUACACUUGGCGAGCCAAAGUAUCCGGAGUGGCGAAUGUUCUAUUGCGAUUGUUGGUGGAUGUCAUUUGAACCUUCUUCCAGAGCCGUUUAUUUCCAUGGCACGCCAGAGACUGCUAGCCGAUAGUGGAAAAUCAUACGCAUUCGAUGAAAGGGCAACCGGGUUCGGUCGUGGCGAAGGCGCAGGAUGCAUCAUAUUAAAGUCUUUGAGUGAUGCACAGGCCGCCAACGAUACCAUUCGAUCCGUGAUUGUCAACAGUGGCGUGAACCAAGACGGCCGCACAAGAGGUAUCUCCAUGCCCAACAGCGAUGCGCAGGAGAAAUUAAUGCGCGAGGUCUAUAGGACUGCGGGCAUUGAUCCAUCGCAGACUGGUUAUGUCGAGGCCCAUGGCACCGGUACCAAAGUUGGAGAUCCUCUUGAGGCUAAGGCGCUAAAUGCGGUGUUUGGCGAGGGCCGUACUGCGAAGCAGCCUCUGUUGGUCGGCUCUUUGAAAUCCAAUGUUGGCCACUUGGAAGGCUCGAGUGGUGUUGUGUCUGUCAUUAAAACAGCUUUGAUGCUCGAGCGGGGCUUCGUUCUGCCGAAUUGCAACUUCUCCAAGGCCAAUGAAGAGAUCCCCAUGGAUAAGUGGUGCAUGAAGGUCCCUAAGAAAUUAUUGCCUUGGCCUCGGGGCAAAACUUACGCCAGCGUGAACAACUUCGGUUUUGGCGGGACCAACGCCCAUGUCGUUCUAGAGCGUGCCCCUAUCAAGCAAGAUGACGGAGAUCAUAACGCAGAGGAAAUGAAACGUCGGGUGUACAUUCUUUCUGGAUUCGACAAGAGAGCAGCGUCAGAAAUGACGAAUGGUGUAUUGAAAUACUUGCACCUGAACCCGCCUGCUCUCCUCGAUACCGUAACCGACGAUAUCGCAUAUACUUUGGGUCAACGCCGCAGUGCCCUGCCUUGGCGUGUUGCUGUGACUGGGUCUUUUUAUCCCGAGCUGGUCGAAAAUCUUUCUCAUUCCGAGCCUGUUCGUGCGGGCCGUGAGCCGACGGUGGGCUUUGUCUUUACUGGCCAAGGUGCCCAGUGGCAUGGAAUGGGCAAAGAGUUGCUAGACAGAUACCCAAUCUUUCAAACCACCAUGGAGAGGGUUGAUACCAGUCUGAGAGGGCUGGGCGCUCAAUUUUCCAUCAUUGGUCAGUAUAACCACUUUGUUCGCAAGGGACCGGAAACUGAUUUUCUCUUUCUAGAUGAGCUUCGCUUGGAGAACUCCGAGGAGAGUUCAAUCUCUGCCGCAUAUAUGAGCCAGCCAGCCUGUACAGCAGUUCAACUGGCACUUGUCGAUCUUCUGUCGUCAUGGGGUGUGCAUCCGAAAUCUGUGGUUGGGCAUUCAAGUGGUGAGAUUGCUGCAGCAUAUGCGGCUGGAAUUUUGACGCUUGAUGAGUGUCGGUUGGCGCCAACGCCGGAGAGAUCCAGCAAAUCCUCGAUGCCAUGA